AGGAUUUUCAGUUUCUAGAUCAGUUCUCCAAGAAUCAGGAAUAACUUCACAUCUCUGUUCGUCCAAUAACUCUCAAAAAAUGAAGACAUAUCUUCUAUUAGUGGGAAUCCUUGUUGUUGGGUUAAGCAACGCUGACUCAUUGGGGGCGUUUAGAAAACGCUUUAAUGGAAAUCCGCAACCAGAAAUUGAAAGUCCAGAAGAUCGGUUCAGGAUGAAUUUUGGGCUCCGAACUGACGACCAAUCAGCCUCAUUCGUUCCGGCGUCUGAUGCACCGCCACCUUGUUGUAAACCAAUUUACAGGACCGCUAACCCUGCUGUUCAACCAGAGCAACAACCCACGCCUAAAAUUCCUGCUCCAGUUAGACCCACAAUUUAUUUCCAAGCGGACAGCUACCGAGUUAUGGACAGACACCGCAAUCGAGAACUCGUCCUUUUCGACCCCGAAGCCUGGGUGCGCAACUACCCUGGAACACCUUUCCCUUCGGAGCUCGAUGUCCCACCACGCUGGUAUGUUUACAACGCCGUGACUGUCCAAGCUCCAAAACCAUACGUUGACGAACGGGCCCUUCGAGAACGAGUUUACACAGGAUACUACUAUGCGUGCCCUGAGAAAGUGUCCCCUUACCAUUUCUCAUGGUUCAUGAGAAACGAUCCUGUCAACCCUUGCAAGUGGAUCUUCUAUCAAAGCGUACAGGAUGCCGGUGGUUUGGGUACUAGGCCCGUUCCCUAUUAAUAAUUGGUAAUCGUUAACCACAUAUGGCACAUGCAACAUAAUGCACUUUCACUGCAAAAUGUUUUUGCACUUUGACAAAACAAUUGACUGUUGAACUCUGUUUACCUUGCUGUUUCUUGUUUCUAAUAAAAUUAUAUGCACAAUUA